AUGCCUGAGACUAGGGAGCGCGAAAGGGGGGAUGAUGAUGAUGACGAUGCCCGCCACGGCCAGGAAUCGCGGGUAACGGAGCAGGAAGAAGAAUGGGUUGGUGAAUAUGACCCGUUGUCGGACCUCCGGGAGCGCAAGGUGCUUUUUGCGACGCUGGAUUCUUACAGUCAAUUCCGCCGCUUUCUUCACCUCAACAUCACCCACCGCCGCCGGCAGUCGUUUUAUGCCCUGCCGUCCUCGCACUGGGAAAAGCUUGCCAAUCCGCCGUUUUCCAUGCUGGAUACCUUCAACAGCAUCGACGACGCUAUCGAUACCAACGCUGAAGUUGCAGAGAGGAUUCUCGCCACGGGCCUGGCGUCGUUUGGUCUUCCUACAGACCCCGCUGAAAAUAGCCCUACAGAUUGGCGCAAAAAGGCCUCACCAGAUGACAUCGGCAAGGCGAAUUCGACGAUUCGGCAAUUUUUUAGAGACUGGAGUGCCGAGGGCAAGCACGAAAGAGACGUAUCCUAUGGCCCUGUGAUGCACGCUCUUCGAGAGCGUUUUGGCGAGCAACCUGCCGAGGGAACUCGAGUUUUGGUUCCUGGUGCCGGGCUGGGAAGAUUGGUCUUUGAUCUGAGUAUGGCUGGGUACCACGCGGAGGGCAAUGAAUUCUCCUACCACCAGUUAAUGGCGAGCAGUUGGGUGCUAAACCAUACUCAGAGACCAGAAGAAUUCGCGAUUUAUCCGUUUGCCUUUGGCUUUUCCAAUCUCAAGUCCAGACAACAGCAAUUGAAAGCGGUCAUGAUCCCGGAUGUUCAUCCUGGCUCUGCUGUGCGCCAGCAAGGAUUACUUCCACCCAACCAGCGUACCAUGGGCUCUAUGAGCAUGACGGCGGCCGAUUUUCUCAUCCAAUAUUCUGAAGUCGAGAACAAGGAUGCAUUUGAUGCGGUGGCAACGGUCUUUUUCAUUGACACGGCGCCGAAUCUGAUUCGAUAUAUCGAAACUAUUCACUACUGUUUGCGCCCUGGUGGCAUUUGGAUCAACGUUGGCCCGUUACUCUGGCACUAUGAAGACAGACAUAAUAGCAAUCAAAGUAAAAGCGAAGGUGCUGAUACUGAUGAUAUAGAGAAACUCGGCAUUGUUGAACCGGGCACGGUUGAGUUUACGGAGGAAGAAGUUCUCCUUCUCAUCCAGUCAAUGGGGUUCAAGCUCCAGCGGCGCGAUAUGCAGACGCAGGAAUGCGGGUAUAUCCAGGACCCGGAGAGCAUGCUGCAGAACACCUAUAGGCCAUCCCAUUGGGUUGCGGUAAAGAAGUAG